GAGAGAGGAGAGAGAGAGACAGAGAGAGAGAGAAAGCACACACAAAAGUAAAAGCCCUUGAUUAGCUCCUCUCCGGCUUGCGGAACAAUGAAAGCACCAAAUGGCAAUGGUUACCGCAAGGGCUUCUGGUAAUCCUUAUAUCUUUCGUCUCUUCGGAAAUUUCACUACCCGAACGCACACACAAAAGUUAAAAUCCAUUUGCUUCGCCCUUGAUUAGCUCCUCUCCGGCUUGCGGAACAAAGAAAGCACCAAAUGGCAAUGGUUACCGCAAGGGCUUCUGGUAAUCCUUAUAUCUUUCGUCUCUUCGGAAAUUUCACUACCCAAUUCCGUUCUUAUGCAUCUCGUAGCAGUAUUUUUCAGAAUUCUGUUGCCCAUUUGGAGAAAUUGAUCCAAACACGGUGUAAAUCUCGAAACCUAACGGUAGAAGAAGCUUUGGGUUACUUCAAUUCCAUGAUUCAAAUUCGUCCCAUUCCCUCUAUUUGGGCUUUCAAUCAAUUGUUUGGCUCACUCUCCAACAUGAAUCAGUAUUCCACUGUUGUCUCUAUGUAUAGAGUGAUGAUGGGUUGUGAUCAUUUUCGGCCCGAUGUUGGUACAAUGAAUAUUGUUAUCAAGUGUUUUUGUUGUUUGAAGAAGGUGAAAUUUGGUUUCUCUGUUCUGGGAACUAUCUUUAAGGGUGGCCAUCGGCACGAUGCUUCUACACUGAAUACACUGCUUGACGGGCUUUGCAAGGAGGGCUCGUUCGCGGCGGCGUCGGAGUUGUUUCAGGAAAUAGUAGAGAAGGAACACCCUUAUAGUGAUUUCACUUUUGCGAUUAUCAUUAAUGGCUUUUGUAAGGCCAGAGAAACUUGGAAGGCGCUUGAGCUACUUAAGCAAAUGUUUAAUAACCAGAGGAUUAAACCCACUUUGCAUUGUUUUAGUCCAAUCAUUGAUAGCUUUUGUAAAGAAGGACGGAUAGAUGAGGCCUUGAGCCUGUUUCUAGAUAUGAUUGACUGUGGUGUAGUGCCAAAUAUCAUCUGUUAUAAUGCUUUGAUUUUUGGGUUGAGCAAAUCAGGUCGUUGGGAAGAAGCCAGGAGAGUUUUGGCUGACAUGCUUGAUUUUGGAGUUUCACCUGAUACGAUUACGUGUACAACUUUGAUUGAUUCUCUUUGCAAGGAAAACAAAACUCAAGAAGCAAUUUCGCUAUUUGAGUUGAUGACUAGGAAAGGCAUAGAGCCUAACGUUUGGACAUUCAAUUCUUUGAUAUUUACUUUGUGCAAGCAUGGUCGAUGGAAAGAAGUGACCGAUUUCAUAGAAAAUAUGACCAACUACGGAGUCUCUCCUGAUAUUGUUACAUACAACAUUUUGUUGGAUGCUCAGUGCAAGCAAGGGAGAACCACAGGGGCGCUUCAUCUUGUUGAAGCAAUAAUUAAUAAAGGUGCGCUUCCUGAUGGCAUGACCUACAGCUUCUUACUUAAUAGAUUGUGCCAUUCAGGUAGAUUUGAAGAAGCCGAGAGAUUAUUUGGUGACAUGGCUAGUCAGAAGAUUUUUCCUGACAAUAUAACUCUAAAUGUAAUUUUGAAUGCUCUGUCCGAUGAAGGGAUGAUGGAGAAAUCUCAGAAAUUAGUUGAUGCAAUGAUUGAACAAAAUAAAGAGCUUAAUAUUAUUACUUAUAACAUCUUGAUUAAGGGAUACUGUCUGCAAGGUAAAAUGGAUAAAGCAAAAGACGUGUUUGAUCAGAUGGCAAAAAAGGGUGUUCUUCCUGAUACGAUUUCGUAUAACACCUUGGUUAAUGGUUAUGCACGAAUUAAUAAAUUCGGCAUCGCUCUCAAGCUUUACAAUGACAUGAUCCAAAAGGGAUUGGCGCCUAAUCAUGUAACACACAACACUUUGAAAAAAAUUCGUGCUUAUAGGCGUAAGGCAUCCAUACAAUAACUUUGGGUGAGCAUUUUGGAGCAGCAUCUUCUUGGCAAACGCUAUGUAAUUCAGAAACAAUGUGCAGAUGCAAGGAUAAAGAUACAACCGAGUGUAGCUGAGAACCGGGAAAAGGUCUAUCCUAAAUGGAUAUACUUUAAUCAGUGUGGACUCUUGAAGGAUUGGUGCUGGAUCAAACAACAC